UCCGAUACCGGCAAUGCGUCUCAGACUCCGGCGAUUCUGCUUCCCUGCACAGCCAGUAACAUCGUCUAGGCUUCUCCGGUCUCGAAUGCUGCUAUCGCUGUGUUCCGUCGCGUGCCUCGAGAUACUGACUCACAUCUUUGCCGGCAUGAACAGCGACCUUCCCCACGAUUUGUAAAGGAACAUGCCGAUCGAUGUUGCUCUCGCGGUUGAUCGAAAAGCAAGGUAAGCCAUUGGCUGUUUCACGUGGAGUCUGCCAUCGGUCUUCGUGCCGUGUGAGUGAAUAUGCUGUUACAGCCUCAUCACCUAUUUCAGAGUCAUUUUAUCCCGUGUGAGAACGUCCAUCGUCCAAGAAAAUCAACUCCAGACGGUACUCUUUGCAUUUUCUCAGGGUGUUUCAGAACUAGCAGCUCCUCUGAGCCAGGCGCAUCAGCGUUCGAGACGACCUCUGCCAUUGCACAUCAUACUCCAUACCAAGGAUCACAAGGCUUGAGAUAUGGGUGCCGCAAAGGACUUUGACCCAAGUGAGAUCGCGUACGUACCAACCACAGGUGUGCGCAAGGUCUUCGAACUCUCCCUGGUCGAGGCCACUGCGGAAAGUGUCAAAGGCUAUGGCCAUAUCGUGGAAUCGCCAGAUAACUUCCCCAUUGAAAUCGUUCGCUGGCCAGCGCAAGGAUGGCGACCAAUUGACGACAAUUCUGGCGACCAAGGCGGUACAACCGAGGGCUUGUUCGAGUUCUGGUGGAAGGGAGACACAUUAUAUGCCCGAAACAAUGCUGUAGGUGACAGCUACCUGUUCGCCUGGAGUCAAUUUCCCGAGGAAGCGGCCGUCAGCGGCGACCCGCAGCCUCGUGAAAGAGCAUUGGUCUGGCGAGCAAACUACCACCCGGAUGGCGGUCAAUUGUUCUAUCCACUCGACGGUCAAGACUUCAUUGUCCCGGUGGCAUUGCCCGGCGACGAUGUUACCCCUGAAAAGUUCAUUGCUCUCUGGGCCAGUGGUGGCAAGGGUCUCUACAUUCAUCCCAAUAUCUGGCACGGCGCCGUCGUUCCUCUCGCCGAUCAAUGUCGCUUCAUUGAUCGACAGGGCAAAGUUCAUGCCCGGGUAUCGGUGGACUUUGCGAAGGAAUUUGGCGGCUACAUCUCGGUGCCCUUGGGUCCUUACAAGAACUAGCACAAGUCUUACACUGGCAUUGCGCCAACAACGACAACGAGAACAGCUUCAAUGUCAUUUUCAAUUCC